UUUAAAACCGAAAGGAGAAGUCAGAAAAGCGGUUGAGGAAGAGUUGGUCGUCUUUUCUCUGUCGCCUCCCUCGUGCGCAGUUUCUUUUCCAAAAACCGCGUCUUUUAAUUUAUAUCCUUGAAAAUUGAAAAUUUUCCCAUCAGUCAAUCAAUUUUCAUUCUCAUUUUCCUUCACUUUCUCGAUCGCCAAAAUCCUUGUUUUCGCUUUGCGUUGCCUUUACGGACUCCAUUUCCCAUUCUCCAUCAUCAUUGCUGUUUUGAGAUCCGACGCCAGCAACAAGAAGAAAAGAAAUAUUAAUUCAAUUGAACCGGAUCGAAUCUCACUUUCUUCUUGAGGGUUCCCAUUACAUUUACAGCCAAACUCAGAAACACAACAACAAAGGUUCCCAUUACAUAUACAGCAGCAGCAAAUCUUCUUCUUUGAUUUCGCUGCUCUCGUCUAAUAAUCUGGUAUAGUUGUCGUCUUUGAUCUCGGAAUAAUACUUUCCGCUCACGCCCAAAUCGGAAGAAUUGGGGGUAGAUUCUGCUGAGUUUCAAAAAAACCCCGAGGAAGUAACGCCACCUUCGAUUGCUCUCAUUCUGGUCCCUGCGUUCCUUCGAUUGCCUCUAUUCCGAAAAGGGGGAGAAGAGUAAAUGGCAGAAGAUAAAGGUGUUCUGGAAGUUGAGAAGAAAGACGAAGGUACUCCUGCAAGCGAGGCGACGACAAAGAAGAAGAAGAACGGCAUUCUUUCUAGAAUUUGGAAUGGAAUCUUUAGAAUACACGGGGACGACUUUGAGAAGCGGCUUCAGUACAUUUCUAAGGAAGAAGCCACUGUCCUUGCCAGAAUGAAGAAGAGGUCGCAAUCUUGGAGACGCAUGAUUAGGCACCUUAUCAUAUUUUCUGUCAUUUUUGAGGUUAUUGCAGUGGGUUAUGCUAUUAUAACUACAAGAUCAACGGAUUUGAAUUGGAAGAUGAGAGCAUUUCGAGUUUUGCCAAUGUUUCUAUUGCCUGCUGUCUCUUCUCUUGCCUAUACAACGUUCAUAAGCUUCACUAGGAUGUGUGACCGCAAGGACCAAAAGACUUUGGAAAGACUUAGGGCGGAAAGGCAAGCAAAAAUCGAUGAGCUUAAAGAAAAAACAAAUUACUACAGCACUCAACAACUUAUUCAGAGAUACGACCCUGACCCAGCUGCCAAAGCAGCUGCUGCAACUGUCUUAGCAUCUAAGUUAGGUGCAGAUUCGGGCCUGAAAGUGUAUGUGGGAGAUGAAUCUAAUCUUCAUGCCCCAACGGGGAGGAGCAAUGAUGUUGAAGUUGUUCAAUCCGGUGGACUUAGGAACAGGAAACAACCGCACGCUGGUUCCGCCAGUGCUGGGAGCAGUCCUAUGCAUCAUUCUGGAGAAGGGACACCUCAUUCUCCGCUAAAUGAUGAUGCACACGCUUCAGAGCAUAAUCAGUUAGUUGUUAACCAUCACUAUCCUCAAGGAUCCUCCACUAUUGAUGGAGGAUGGAUUGCUCGCAUUGCAGCUUUACUUGUGGGCGAGGAUCCGACACAGUCGUAUGCACUCAUUUGCGGCAAUUGCCACAUGCACAAUGGACUUGCUAGGAAGGAAGAUUUCCCAUACAUAACUUAUUACUGCCCGCAUUGUCAAGCCCUAAACAGGCCAAAACAGUCCGAAGAGCGCACUUCUGGUUCUAGUACCCCUAAUUCAGGCUCCAUAAGAGGUGGGGCAAGUACUGAUGUGUUGAAAAACACUAGUCCUGCUGCAAGUGAGAGUGUGGUAACAAGUAACGCCACCACUAGAGCUGAUCCUCAGAAAAACGAGGAAGUGGCCGAGGUGGCUGCGGAUUUAUCUGGUCAAGGAGCAGAGUGAGAAACGCUCGGGACUUCAUAGGUUGGGUUGAGAUGUUCUCUUCACCUAGCAUUCUCUAUACCUUGGCUUGUAGGUAUGGUGCUUAUAGUUUGCCGGAAAAUGAAUUUUUAUGGGUUUGCUUCAUAUGCUUGCUUGGUUGGUGUACAAGAAAAUGUGGGAUUCCGGGCUGAGAAAACUUUAUGUGUGCGCUUUAUGUCCUUUGGACAUGGGUAACAUGGCUUGAUAUAUUCCUGUACAAUAGUUGAGUUUUUAAUUUUUAUUUUUAUCUGUGCUUUUGGGACAAUAUUUUGGGCUGUUGUAGUGAGGACUAAAGUUUAGGUUGCCUAAAAUCUGAACUUCUCAAAUGUCACAAAAUUUUGGUAUAUUUUAUUGGUCCUUUCAAGUGUAUGAGCCCCUUUGAUUUUUUUUUUAUUACUAAAAAAUUCCCAAGUCUCUGAGUUCUUGAUUUAAA